UGUUGCGGUCUCGCUCGGCUCGGUUCGAAAUGGGCGUGCUGUGGUGCUAGACUUGAAUUUGAGAUUUUUAAUCUUUAUUUCUAUUAAAUAUCCAUAAAUUAACGAACUAAAAAUAUUUUAAUGCUUUAUAAUUUACGGGGUACCUAGCUCGACUACUAACCUUUGUUGUGCAAAUUGAUACUGAUAUUGUGACAGUUUUAGUAUAAUCUUCUAGUUUUUUGGAUUAUACUGAAAAUAUCGUAACGAUGAGAAUGCUACGAAUCAGAGUGAAACAUUUACUUCACUGUAUUUUGUUUUUAUCAUUUAUAUUCUUCUCACUGGUGUUUGCUGGAGCUAUUCAAUUGGAUGAUAAAGAGAAGGCAGAAAUCGAUCCAUGGGCUACCUACGGCAUCUAUGGCAGCCUCCUGCUGUAUGCUCUGAGGCUGCUCACCCUACUAACAUUGCCACAAGUGCUGUUUAAUUUUGCUGGACUCAUAUUUUUUAACACUUUUCCCGGAAAAGUCAAGAUAAAGGGAUCACCCUUAUUGGCACCAUUUAUCUGCAUCAGGAUAGUCACCCGGGGAGACUUCCCGGAUCUUGUAAAGAACAAUGUGUCCCGGAACAUGGGGCUCUGUGUCGAUGUUGGCUUAGAAAACUUCAUGAUAGAAGUUGUGACUGACAAAGUUUUAAAUUUGCCCAAACACAGAAGAGUAAGAGAAGUGGUGGUCCCAUCGGAAUACAAGACCAAAUCUGGGGCUUUGUUUAAAUCCAGAGCCUUGCAGUACUGUUUGGAGGAUAAUGUUAAUAUUCUGGCUGACACAGAUUGGAUUGUGCAUUUAGAUGAAGAAACUCUUUUGACUGAGAAUUCAAUUCGAGGGAUCCUGAACUUUGUGUUUGAUGGUCGACAUCAGUUUGGUCAAGGGCUUAUUACCUAUGCCAAUGAGCAGAUAGUGAACUGGCUGACGACCCUGGCCGACAGCUUCCGUGUGGCCGACGACAUGGGCAAGCUCCGGCUUCAGUUCUACCUGUUCCAUAAGCCACUGUUCAGUUGGAAAGGAUCUUACGUCAUUACUCAGGUUGGCGCAGAAAAAGAUGUGUCUUUUGACAAUGGUCUGGACGGGUCAGUGGCUGAGGACUGCUAUUUCGCCAUGAAGGCCUACACCAAAGGUUACACCUUCAACUUUGUUGAGGGUGAAAUGUGGGAGAAAUCACCUUUCACUAUGUGGGACUUUAUGCAGCAGCGGAAGAGGUGGAUUCAAGGUAUUCUGCUAGUGGUACACUCUAAGGAGAUUCCCUUCUACCAUAAAAUCUUCUUAGCACUAUCUUGUUACUCGUGGGUGACAUUGCCACUGUCCACUAGUAAUAUAAUCUUUGCUGCCGUAUACCCGAUCCCAUGUCCACAUCUAUUGGACCUUGUUUGUGGGUUCAUUGGUGCCGUCAACAUCUACAUGUACAUGUUUGGUGUACUUAAAUCAUUCCCUGUGAAUAGAUUUGGCUUUUGGAAGUUUUUCCUAUUUGUGGCGGGCGCGCUGGCCACGAUCCCAAUUAAUGUGUGUAUUGAGAACAUCGCCGUUGUUUGGGGUGUCAUAGGAAAGAAGCACAAGUUCUAUAUUGUGAACAAAGAAAUUAAAAUUCCAGUCACAGUAUGAUUAGUUUUCAGUAUUUCAUAUCACUAGGCAUGUUUACAAGUUUGUAUUCCCUAUAAGUGCACAAGUCUUGAGCAUUGUGAAACGUGAUGACUUAAAUAGAUAAGAUUACUUAGAUAUUUCGAAGUCACCAAUGCUACACACAUACAUUAUUAUAAUAUUUACCAAAGCUUAGUUAAUUAAUUAUUAGGAAUAAUGUUUGGAUGAAGUUUUGUGGUUGCUGGAAAACUUUAUAGAGAAAAAAACCAGGAGCAAGAUCUCUUAUUGUAUGAUAGAUAAUAAUAAUAUGUACCUAUAAUAUUGUUAUUUAUAUCACAAUUAAUUUUAUUCUGCAGUUAAGGAUUCUCUACUUUUACAUAAAAGUACAAUACAAAAAAUACCAAUACAUUUUAGAAACAUUAUUAAGUAUUUAUUUCAUGUAUAAAAAAACUAAUUCCAUGACAUUGGUGCCUCUUAGUUUGAAUAAGCCCAGUGAUAGUUAAAAAUUACAAAAUUGUUAUAAUUUUACCACCAAUAAUUGUGUAAAAAAAUUGAUUGGUAGAUUGGGCUUUUCGUGAUGUGAUAAAAAAUUGCUGUAGUUACCUACGUUGAAAUAAACGUAAGGGUCACAAGCUAACUAAUAAAAUAAAUAAUAAAUUAAU